AUGCUGAUCGGGCUAGUAAGAGAAUCCGUUAUGCAAUGCUUUUGUCACACAUGUCGGGCACCGUUAGCUUCUGCCGUGCAUAGGUCACAGAUGCCUAUCACCAAGGUGAAAACGAAGUCAAAGAUUUCUAUACAAGACCAACCAAAACGGGUACAGUUUGUUACAACUGAAGUCCGCUGUCAAGAGAAAACCAAAGGAGGUCUUCGCUAUGAAGUGAUCCUCGGUGAGCCAGAUGUCAAAGCUCCCCCACCAAAGUUGUCGCUCUCGCCAAAGGGUAGCAUGUCCGUCCAGGAUAUCGAAGAUAAACUAAAGGCAGCUGAGGAACGCAGACAGCAAUUGGAAUCAAACAAAAUGGCUGCUUGGUCUGCGAAAAUCAUGAAAAUCGAAGAGGCCAGUCGCAAAAAGAACGAAAAGACUUGUCAAUUCAUAUCUGCCACUCGCGAUGCUCUAGAACAAAAGAUGGGUACCCACGUAGAGAAAAGGGAAGCAUAUAUCACCGACUUGAGGUCAAAACUAAAGGAUCAUAUCGAAAAUGUCGAAAAGACUCGUUUAUCUCUGGAAGUUCAAACAGAAGAAGUCAGAUCAGCUAUUGAAGAUAAACUGAAGACAGCUUCUCAGCAACGCGAUGAUAAUAUCAAAAAGAUGUUGGAACGUCUAAAAGAGCACGAAGAACAAGUAGCUAAGGUGAGAGAACAAAAUACCGUAAAAUUGCAACAGUUGGACCUUGCGAUCCAAGAAAAGCUAGAGCAGGCUCAAUCACGAAAAGAACAGCUCGAACAAGAGCAGAAAGAGAAACUCAAGAGUUAUGAGAAGCGAGCUGAGCUCGUUCGCCAGAACAAGGCCCAAUUGGUCGCCGAAGGCAAGCUGAUCCCCUCUUCUGGUUAA